GAUGAAAUGAUAAUGUUAUGUUUCAUUUUGCUACUUUCUUUAACUUUUGUGGAUGGAAAGAAGAAAUCUGAAUACACACAAAAAGACUGGGAUAGAAUAGCUAGAGAGUGGGAGAGGGAAGAGUUGGAGGAGGACGAAAGAGAAAGGAAAGAAGAAAUAAAAAAUCGGCCUGGUAUACAGUUUGACCCUAAUGAUAUUGGAAAGAUUGAUCCAGAGCAGUUGUUGGCUCAGUCCAAGAAAGGUAAACCCACGAUGGUUUUCUUUAACGUUAGAGAGGAAUAUUGCAAAUCUGAGAAAGAGCUAGCCAAGAUAACGACCAAGUUUGCUAGCUUGCUGCUUAAUGGGAACAUCCAAGUGCAGAAUUACCCUGUAUCGGCGAAAAGAGCGAUAUUCAUGGUGCAGGACGGUUCUCUAUCGUUUGAAGUGAAGAACGUCCUUCUCAAGCAGAAGGAGGUGGAGAGUGUGUCAAUAGAUCAGCAGCAUUGGGACGCUGACGGUGAUGGUACUGCCACUUUCCCUGGUCAAGAUAAGCCGAAAGCAAAAAAAGAAGCUCCUGUUAAGAAGAAGGACGCUGAUAAUAUGGCUGAAAAAGUAAAACCUGCACUGAAAAAAGAUAAAAAGAGGAAAGAAGAAAAGACAAAUACGAUAAAUUUGGAAGAUGAGCUUUCUGACGAAGAAUUUCAUGAUAAACAUUUAAAGAAGUCUUUCCAGGAAUCUAAAGCUCCAAAACCCAUGACUGAGGAUCCGAACAAUAACGAGAUUCCAGAUCUAAAUGAUAAUAAUCAAGACUUUGCGUCAGAUAACGACAUUAAAAUUGAAUUAUAGAUGUUUUAAAUCUGAAGGGAUAGGCCAUGUUAUAAUUUUAUAUUUCAGCUUUUAAUUAUGGUAAAUUUUAGUUUGAAUUAUUAUAUAAUGCUGUUUGGCUGCACUGACUUUAUAAGUUCAUACUUAGGCAGCCAUUAUUUAACCUUAUAUAUCAUGUAUAAAUAGUGACGUCAAUUUCUUACACUGCGAA